CCUCAGUUGAUUGAAUCAGCCCGCGAAGUCCCUGAUCUUUUGCACGCUCCUCACCCACAGCAAUACAAAGUGCAGACAGGCCUUUGCUCCCACAAAGAAGGGAAGGCUCUGGUGCUCUUACUGCAGGAGCAGGCAGGUGUGGUGUGAGCCAGGCGGCCACACGCAAAUCCGGCUACCGGGCAAGCUGCGAGACAGCGUCCGGCUGAGGUGGAGCAGGAGGAGUUAGUCAGGAGCUGAGUCACGUCUGGGUUCGCCCUGGUUGAGCCUGUCUUUUCCUGUUUGCCUGUGAUCUGCAGACUGCUGAUUCUUCCGAUUUUCCCUCCUUUUUUUGCUAGGGAUGACCUCUAAGGAUGCUUCAGGUGAAGCUAAUAGUAACUGGAGAUGACUUUGGCUAUUGUCCUCGGAGAAACCAAGGCAUUGUGGACUGUUUCCUGGCUGGUGCAGUAUCUAACGUGUCCCUUCUAGUCAACGGAAGUGCUGCAGCAGAUGCAGCCAAGCUGGCAAGGAGAUAUAACAUCCCAAUAGGCCUGCAUGCCAACCUCUCCGAGGGCUCUCCUGUAUGCGAGGUACUCAAGACAAACUCUUCUCUGCUCAACCAAGAUGGAUUCUUCCAUGGGAAAAUGGGAUUCAGAACAGCUCUAUCAAAAGGUCUCCUGCGUAUGUCAGAGGUGAAGCAGGAGCUGAAGGCUCAGGUGGAGCUGUUCCGUGAGCUGACAGGUCACCUACCUCCUCACAUGGAUGGGCACCAGCACAUCCACGUCCUCCCAGAGGUCAGGCACGUAUUUGCAGAGGUGUUAGAGGAAUAUGGGAUUAAGUACACACGUGUCCCAAUAGAGCCAGGCCUUCAUAACUGUGACUGGAUUCCACCAUCCCUGAUGGAUUUUUAUCUGGGAGUAGAAGAAGAUUCUUUCAACACAGUGGAUGUGUUUACAAGGCAUGGAAUAAGGUGGCCAGACAUUUACAUAGGUUUGAGUACCAUGGGAAAGAACAUGUCUGUCAGUAACAUCUGGAGUGCCAUCGACACUGCCAUCGUGGAGUUCACAUCCAAGGCGCCCUUGCCCACGCACCUGGCGCCACAGAGCAGGACGGUAACGAUUGAACUGAUGGUCCAUCCAGGGUACCCGAGCGUCCCACCCCUCGGCGGCUGUGGGGAAGGACCAGAUGAUUUCUCACAGUCCUGGGAGCGCCUCCACGAACUCCAGACAUUAAUUAAGCCAGAGCUGCAGAGCCAUUACAAAACCAGGAACAUUCAGCUUUGUUCAUUCAAAGAUCUUAACUGCUGCAUACGAGCGCUCACCAGCAACUGUUCCUGCGCUGCCCACUGCCGCUGACGACAACCACGUGGGAUGGCGGCGCACUGACUACGAGCAAGCUUCCACGCAGAGCAGGUCCUUGGUAUCGGUCUGGUUUUAUUCCUGUCAUCAAAGCUUCAACAAGCCCCAGCAAUACUGAUACAUUUAACUGGGUUCUUAACGGUCGCCCUGUCACUCGCCGUCUAACAUCCACAUGGGAAAAAUGUUCUAGAUUGUUUAUGCCCCUUUUCUGCACAAAAGUGAUCUAUUUAAUGUAAUCAUUUCUGGUUAACUCUUUUUUUUAAUAUUAAAAAUGUCGAUAUGAUAAUUGCUCUUUUAAGCAAAAAAAUAAACUCAGGCCUUUUUCUACUGUAAUGCUUUAGGGGGCUUUUGGUUUUAGUUACAGCUGGGGAGCACGCUGACCCC